AUGACGGAAGCAUUCCCUCGCUCCGACUCGGAAUCGGGUUCCUCCUCGGACAACGAAGAUCACUGGCUCAACAAGCCCGGCGAUGAGGAUGAGGACGACGAGCAGGAGCAGGUUUCCAUAAUCUCCCUUUUUGAUGACAAGGUUUUCUCUGAUGCGCCAUCUAUGCUGGCGUACUGCAAGGACAAGUUUGGCUUUGACUUUCUCGCUGUGCGGGACCGUCUGAGCUUGGACUUCCACGGGUGUGUGAAGCUUAUCAACUUGGUCCGGAAGGCCGUCAAGGCGGGCGCUACCACGCCAGCGGAGAUCACAGCGGAGCACCUGGCUGACGACUCGCUGCUCAUCCCCGUGCUGGAGGACGACGCGCUGAUCUUCUGCCUGGACGAGCUUCCCGAGCCUGGGAACGGCCAGGCGGGAGCCGGCGCGGUGGCUGAUGGCAAGGGGGCGGAGACGAGCAACGGGGCUCCCGCCGUGGACGAGCUCCUGCACAAGAACGCCCAGAUGCAGGCCGAGCUGGAGAACCUCACCAAGCAGUUCACCAACUACCGGCUGGCUGUCGAGCAGACGCUGGAUAAGCGCUGGGGGGUGGAUGAGGAGGGCGAGAAGUCUGGGAGUCCCAAGACGGCUGCUGCCGCCUCUGCCGAUGCCGAGGAGGCAGUCCGGGAUGACUCGGCUUACUACUUUGAGUCGUACGACCACACCGACAUCCACGAAACCAUGAUCAAAGACACGGUGCGCACCAACGCCUACCGCGACUUCAUUUACGCCAACAAGCACCUCUUCGCGGGCAAGACGGUCCUCGACAUCGGGUGCGGCACGGGGAUCCUGUCCAUGUUCUGCGCGCGCGCCGGCGCCGCGCGCGUGAUCGCGGUCGACAACAGCGCGAUCCUGGACAAGGCGCGCGAGAACGUGUUCCGCAACGGCUUCGCCGACACCAUCACGUGCGUGCGCGGCCGCAUCGAGGACGUCGUCCUCCCCGUCGACGCCGUCGACAUCAUCGUCUCCGAGUGGAUGGGCUACUGCCUGCUGUACGAGGCCAUGCUGCCCAGCGUCUUCUUCGCGCGCGACCGCUACCUCAAGCCCGACGGCCUGCUCGUGCCCAGCCACGCGAGUAUGUGGGUCGCGCCGGUGUCGGAUGGGGAGUUUGUGGCGGAUAAUGUGGACUGGUGGCGGGAUGUGUAUGGGUUUGAUAUGCGCGCCAUGCAGGCGGGUAUCUACACCGAGGCGCGCAUGACGGUGAUGCCUGGUGAGGCCGUGUGUGGCGAGGCGCAUGCGUUCCGGAUGUUGGAUCUGCAUACUGCCAAGGUGGAGGAUUUGGUGUUUGAGGAUAAGUGGCAGUCGACGCUGUCGGAUAAGGUGGAGGCGUUGGAUGGGUUUCUGGUGUGGUUUGACUGCUUCUUUGGCGAGAGCCGGCAAGAGGUGGUGGAGGCGCAGUUGACGGCCAAGGAGUGGACAGCUGGUGGGAGAAAACGAGUGGCGAUACUCCCGACCCGACAGAUCUUGCCUGCGUUGGAGGAGAUAGAUGAAGUUUGA